AUUAAUGCAGCCAUAGGUUGGGAUUCUGGAAGGGGCCCGGGGAUGGUGGACAUCGGGAUGUCGAGGACGCUGCCGCUGAGGGCCUCCGGCGGCGGUGGCGGAGGGCGGCGGAGGAUUAGCAUGAAGAGGUUCAUGCUAUAUUUGGGGGCGUGCUUCCUGGGGUGGACGGUGCUCGUGCCUCUCACGUCCGUGUGGCAGCCCCGCCUCCCCGGGUCCUGGCCCACCGACUACUUCGACCGCUGCGGCCACCCCAACGCCACCAACUCCAUCAUCGAAAUCGCCCGCUCCCCGCCGUCGCCGCCGGCGAUCGUUCCCCACAGGGUUUAUAAAAGCAAUGGUUAUCUUCUGGUGUCAUGCAAUGGUGGCUUGAAUCAAAUGCGAGCUGGGAUCUGCGAUAUGGUUACUGUUGCACGCUAUCUGAAUCUUACUUUGGUAGUUCCUGAACUUGAUAAAAAUUCUUUCUGGGCUGAUUCUAGUGACUUUCGGGAUAUAUUUAAUGUUAAUCAUUUCAUAAAUUCCUUGAGAGAUGAAGUAAAAAUUGUCAAAAAGCUUCCGGCCAAAUUUGGUAGAAAAACUCCAAACAAGUCCGUUAAAGAAGUUCCUAGGGAAAUAUUCUCUAUGCCUCCGGUUAGCUGGUCCAAUGAGAAAUACUACUUGAAGCAGAUCUUGCCUAUUGCAAGGAAGCACAAAGUGAUCCAUUUUAUUAAAACAGAUGCUCGUCUUGCAAACAAUGGCCUUCCAGUUGAGCUCCAAAAGCUUCGUUGCCGUGUUAAUUAUGAGGCAUUAAAAUUUACACCACAGAUAGAGGCCUUAGGUGACAAGCUUAUCUCAAUUCUUAGGAGAAAGGGGCUCUUCAUUGUGCUUCAUCUGCGAUAUGAGAUGGAUAUGCUAUCAUUUUCUGGUUGUACGCAUGGAUGUUCUGACGAAGAAACUGCAGAACUCACCAGGAUGAGAUAUGAGUAUCCAUGGUGGAAAGAGAAGGAGAUAGUGUCCGAGAAGAAAAGGCUGGAAGGUUUGUGCCCUCUUACCCCUGAGGAAAUAUCAUUGGUCUUACAAGCAUUAGGCUUUGCGGGGGACACCCAAAUAUACAUUGCCUCUGGGGAGAUCUAUGGUGGUGAGAGAAGGCUGGCUGCCCUGAGAGCUGCAUAUCCUAAUAUAGUAAGGAAGGAGAUGCUUCUUAGUCCUGAUGAGUUGAGGCCUUUCCAGAAUCACUCGACUCAGAUGGCAGCACUAGAUUAUCUGGUUUCUGUUGCAAGUGAUGUUUUUAUCCCCAGUUAUGAUGGAAAUAUGGCAAAAGUUGUGGAGGGACACCGCAGGUUUGCUGGCUUCCGUCAGACCAUUUUGUUGGAUAGAAAAGAACUAGUAAAUCUUUUGGAUCUCCUCAAUGAUGGGAAACUAUCAUGGGACGAGUUCUCUAAUGCUGUUCAAGAAGUACACAAAAAUCGAAUGGGCCAGCCAACAGUAAGGAAAGUCAUUCCUGGACGGCCAAAGGAGGAAGACAAUUUUUAUGCCAAUCCUCAAGAAUGCCUCCCCCCUCUAAGAAGUCCAGGCACUGAAUCAAGGCACUCUGACAUCUGAAGCUGUUGAGGAGUAAUUCUCGACAUCUUCCUGACUAUGAUAUCCUCCUUUUGUGGUUAUGCCAGCAUAUAUGCAGUUUACUUGGUACAGCUGACCCCUAGUUUUUCUUUCUGUGACUCUGAUUUUAUGAGUAGAGAUGGGUUAGGAACACUCAAUGAUGCUUAAACCAUCAGCAUGGAGUGUAGAGGUCGAAGGAUCACGAGCUUGAAUUUUUUUUUUUUCCAGUUUUUUAACAUCUACAUUUUUAACAACUGCUUUGCCAUUCUUUCAUGGUUCAGUUUUUUAGAUUCUUCAGAUUUUUUUUUUUUCCUUCAAUUUCAUUGACCAAGGCUAUAAUAGCGAACAUGGUGGCCUUAGGAUUAUAUCAGGAUACUUCUGUAACCUCUCUGUCUUUUGUUACAAAAUAUUGUGAAAUUCAGUUACAGAAUGUUAUCUUCAGUUGCAAUUACAAAAUCAAUUUGGUUGGCUAA